AUGCCUAUCUCUAAGCUUUCUUCCGAAUUCAUUAUAUCUUUUGGAUACGCUGACUCCAUCCUCCUACAGCUGCGCUUACCAGAUACUUCUGAUAUGGCACUAGUAUAUUCUGUAGUUACGGCCAGCGUUCCCGCCAUUACUACUUCGCUAUCUUCUGGUACUUCUCAGAUUUUACCGCCUCCUGCUACUCAGACUCCUGAAGCUUCGGGAACUGUCAAUAUACAUCUGAAUACAACUGGAGCAUAUACAUCUAGACCGAUCAUCAGCACUUCAAUUUCUACAUCUGAGACAACUGUUGAAAUAGGCGUUGCUACUAGCAUAACCAGUGGAGACCAAGCUGGACCACAGUCGGCGAAUAUAUUUGUUCCCGUGGCUACAGACGCCCCUCCUUCAAUAUUAGGACAGAGAUCAGAUCACCCAGUACCAAAACUCGGCAUACCAGCCCAAACUCCACCUAUUGGCACCAACAAAUUUUAUGCGAAUUUUUUCUUAGGAAGUCAAACCGCAGGAACGUGGACCCACCCUUAUAGCGUUGCGUGGUCUAAAGGUGCAGGAGCUACUCAAAGCUGGGGUAUGAUAAUCCAACAACUUCUGGACAGCCAGAAAGUGUAUGGACCUGAUGCAUCCGAUAACCCGGUCAAGUACUUCAUCAAUCCUAUUGGAAUCCAGCCCAUUGUACUUUCUGCCGUUGAGCUCGGAACAUCGACUGUCAUCACAAACACUGCUCUUACAGCUUUCUCGGCAAACGUGAACCUUCUGGCAACUGCAGGUGCUGCACCCACCAUUAUGUUUCCUCUUGUACAGGGAAUGGGAUUUGUUACUGGGAUCUUCAAUGGAGGCACACCUGUUUUACAAAGUGGCGUCUUGUUUCGCUCGAUUACGAAGGCAGCUAUAGCCCCCAAGACUGGUGUCAUAAAAUUUACUAUAAAACUUGAGGAUGGCAACACUUGGUUGAUUUACGUUUCCGGGCCCGACUUGACCGGACAAGACUCCGCAUUUGAUUUCACUGUCGUGAACAAUGGCCUCAUCCAGGCGACCUCUAGCUUCAACGGCGUCAUCCAAAUCGCACGGUCUCCCUCCACAGAUGCGGAAGCUCUUUAUGAUGCAGCGGCUGGAGCCUACCCAAUAACUUCAACUCUGUCUGGGAGUGCCAGUGGCGGGUCUGGUUCGUAUACUUUGUCUUUCGAAAAGGGUGGGAGGGCAGAUACGACACUGCUAAUGUUUGCUCUUUCACAUCAUCUGCAGUCCUUCUCGCCGGACACUGCGUCUGGUGUAAAGAUUAACGUUCAACUUGAUACCACCACCAAGGGCAAGGCUACAGCUGUCAUUGGUGAUUCGUGGACCAUGGUUGAAAGUAUCCCAACGUCUAUGGGCUUUGGACCUUGGAGCUCAAAGAACGCGAACUCGGAAACGAUGUCUGCUGAAGCCAAGGCUGCACUUCAUACAGUCGCUAUGAGUGAGGUGUCUCAGAACAUGAGUGAUCAGAGCAACUUAAAUUCUAUGUACUACAGUGGCAAAGCAUUAGCAAAGUUUGCGCAAAUUCUGUACACACUCGACGAUAUCCUUGGCGAUACAGCGACAACACAGGCGGGACUAGUCAACCUCAAAGAUGCAUUCGAUCUUUUCGCAUCCAACAAGCAACAAUUUCCUCUUGUUUAUGACACUGUUUGGGGAGGUCUCGUUUCGACUGCUUCAUAUGAUGGAGAUUCAGGUGCGGAUUUCGGUAACACCUACUACAAUGACCACCAUUUCCAUUACGGAUACUUCAUCUACGCCGCCGCCAUCAUCGGCUAUCUCGACCCAGCCUGGCUCCCAGCAAACACCCCCUACGUAAACGCCCUCGUACGCGACAUCGCCAACCCAACAGCCAGCGACCCCCUCUUCCCCGUCUCCCGAAACUUCGACUGGUACCACGGUCACUCCUGGGCCCACGGCCUCUACGAAACCUUCGACGGCAAAGACGAAGAAUCAUCCUCCGAAGACAGCAUGUCCGCGUACGCUAUCAAGAUGUGGGGCUGCACCAUCGGUGACCCCAACAUGGAAGCACGCGGCAACAUCCAGCUAGCCGUCACCGCGCGCUCGCUCCAAAACUACUUCCUAUACACACGCAAUAACACCAUCGAGCCGCCAAACUUCAUCGGCAAUAAAGUCUCCGGCAUCAUGUUCGAGAACAAAAUCGACCAUACGACGUAUUUUGGCGCGGAGCCCCAAUACGUACAAGGCAUACAUAUGCUUCCCCUCCUGCCCUCCAGCACGCUUACGAGGACCACGACGUUUGUGCAGGAGGAGUGGGACACGUAUUUUAGUAAUGGUAGAGCGGAGACGGUGAGCGGUGGGUGGAAGGGUGUGUUGUUCGCUAAUCUUGCGCUUGUGGAUCCGAAGACGAGUUGGGAGUUCUUUUCUGGGGAGGCCUUUGAUGCCAGUUGGCUUGAUGGGGGGGCUAGUCGGACGUGGUAUAUGGCGUUGGCUGCAGGACUUGGAGGCGCGCCAUGA